GAUGGAACUGCUUCACCGACUGGGUACCAGUACAAGAACACAACAAGUUACAGCUGUUCAAGGCCAGGCUUUGAACCAGUGCCAAACACAACACUUCUGUGUGAGCAAUCAGAGGAUGGAUCAUCUUUAGAGUGGAGCAGUGAUCCUCCAGCAUGUAAAGGUGACAAUCUCAUUUCCAAUCUCCAAUCUUCCUAUAUAAUCUAACUUACAAGUUAAGCAAUGUUCCUCCAUCAUGUUGUGGUAUCUCAUUUCCAAUAUUCCUAAACUCAUAAUAAAUGAAACCAAAGUGGCUUUUUCUCUAUUUUUUAAAGAAAUUCUGGCAAAGUAUAUGGGUAUACUUUUGUCUAUUUAGCUUGGCAAGAUAGAUGUAUAAUUAUGUCUAUUCUGGCAAACGUGUUUUAAUCAAUUAAAUACUAUCAUAUAAACAAUAUUUUCAUAUUUCUCUGAUGUGUAGACACUGCAAAGCCAACUUUCAAAAACUGCCCGUCGUCACAGAUUCUGGUCAAACGCUAUGCAGCCGCCCAUUUCGAGAUACCCGCAGCUGAAGAUAAUUCGGGCAUGGUGUCAGAGUUCAUCGUCGAACCCCCGUACUUCCUGCCUAAUCAAUCCAUUUCUGAGAAUCUAACUGUGACGUACACAGCUAAAGACCAUGCUGGCCUGACAUCAACUUGCACAGUCAUUAUACAGAUUCAAGGUAAGAGAUUUGUCAGUCUGGUGCAAUGCAACUUUCAUUGCUUUAGGUUUUAAGUGCAAAAUCAUAAUUGCUGAAAUAAACUACUAACCACAGAUGUGGUGUCAGGCUGUUCAAACAAAUAUAAAAUAUGAUAAAAGUUUUGAUCAGAUUAUUAUUAAAAUAUUAAUAUUAUGCAUUUAACAACUUUAUUCUGAUAAAGGGUUCGUGCCUUUCAUCUGACUGGUAAAUGGGUCCAUGGAACAAAUAAAAGUUAAGAAUGCCUGUUUUAAACAAAGUAAAGAUGUUAUUGGUCUAUCUAUUAUGUUUAGGCCUGAAAACUGGUGUAAAAUGUUCUAAAAAAAUCUUUUUAAUAUUCUGUUUUUUCAGACGACAUACCCCCAGUAGUCCAGUGUCCUGAUCCAGUGGUCCUCAAUUCAAAUAUCACUUUUACCUUCACCAACAACUUGGUCAAUGCCAGUGAUAAUGUCGGUGUGGUUGAAACAAAAUUUUCACCUGUCAACAUCACUGUGACUUCUAUUGACAAAGGCCAGGCUUUCAAUGUUACUGCUUUUGUUUUCGAU